AUAAAAGGCUCGUCAUCAGACUUAAUUAGUCUCACUUCCUCGCUCGCCGUGCUAUAAUCACAACCUAGAGCUACUUAGUGUCGGGCCAUGAUUCUCCUCAUUCCGUUAUUAUUAGGAACGCUAUUGCAGGAAAGUCAAGGGGUGCAAGCGAACCUUCAGUACCAAUAUGACUACACUGGAGCAAUAUCUACUCAGUUGCCGAACGACCCAAAGCAGUCUUCUGGAGCGGCAUUACGUGCAGUUGUGGCCCUGCAGUUGUCAGCGAGCGGUGACAUCCUUGUGAAGAUCAGCAAUAUUGAAGUAGGUGAGCGCAAUGGCAAGGAGGUAUGUGUUGGAUUUGAACAGGAAGGAUUUCCCUAUCGAGAGAUGGAUCCAGAAGAUGCGGCCCUCCUACAGAUACCCUUCCUUGUACAUGUCAAUGAAUCACAGGUAUCAUAUAUGGAGGUGCCUUCCGAGCCUGCCUGGGUCAGCAAUAUUAGAAGAGGUAUCAUCAACACCAUUCCGCUUGUUGUUCUGACGAACCAACAUCCUUCUCGUCUCUCAUUCGGACUCAAGGAAGAGACUAUGAUCGGCAGCUGCUUCAAUUGGUACUCCAUGCUGAAGCUCACAGGUCACCAGGCUAAAGUUGAAAGCAAGAAAUUGGAAGAAGUCAUCGAAGUAGAUGUCCAAAGAGAAGGAGGAGCAGCAAGUUACACAGCACCUAAGGGAAAGAACAAGAAAUCUACAGGGCGAAAGAAGUAUCCCGGGAAAAAGCGUCCACCCACGGCUCCUCUCACUGUUGCCCCGAUCCAGGAUACUCUUUUCAUAGUCACCCGCUCAUUAGAUGACCAACAGUGUAAGGAUAAACAUUUUACUAUGAAGAUCAACGGCAACAAAGAAUCGGUGGAGAGAACACAACGCAGUUCUGAGGGAACCUUUGUUAUCAGGGGAGAAGGAGCUGUAGUCCGACUUGAACGGGCCGAAGUUGAGGGCAAUAUUAUGAUCUACACUGGGGAUUGUGAUGAUGAAUUCAUUUGGACUACAUCAAAACAGACACUACAGCUCACAUCAGUGCAAGAAGUAGAAGAGACAAUCUCAAUCUCAUACGAGGCAGAAAGAAGAGCGCUAAGCUUCAGUGUUGCGGAUGGACCACGUGAUACCAUUAAGGAAAAGCUUUUAGGACUCUCCCCAGCUGCUGAGCAAGUCGAAGAAAAUAUGGCUGGAAUUUUGGAAGAUCUUUCAAUACUCAGAAGAAAUAUGCAAGGAGAAGAGGCGCCAGAAUUUUUGAAGGUUUUCCAACGAUUGGCGGAGCGUAUGCUGAUCUUAUCAUGGACUGAGAUAGAAGACAUUGUCUCAAGAAUAGCAACCUCUACCAGAGAUAAAUACAUAAUCUAUCAAGCAGCCCUUGCUAGCGGAAGAGAUGAAGUACUGAUUCCUAUGUUGGAACUUCUGAAGAACCAAAAUUUAGAUUUUUGGUUUCACUAUCAGAUCUUACAAUCACCCCUCACACCAGUUAGAAACCCUGCUCUUAUUCCUGCUAUGCUGGAAGUGAUAUCCAGCACUGGUGAAGAUGAAAGUGGGGCUAAGGCUCUCUCACUUCUCAAUAUAGCAAAACUAGCCAAUCGUUACUGCCUCAACUCAGAGACGGGGAACCUCUGUGAUCCAGGCUGUGACACUGACUUCAUCCUUACGAACUUCCUCCCAUUGCUUUCCCGGGGUCUUUAUGAUCAAGAAAAAUGGAAAAGAAUCGUAACGGUACAGGCAGUAUGUGCUCUUGGGUCACCCUAUUCCAUCCCGUACCUACAGCCCAUUAUUCAGGGGACUAAUAAUGAAGAUAUUGAUGUAAGGAUCAAUGCUAUCUCUUGUCUAACGAAUGAUCAUCUGCCGAAGACAGCAAUUAAUGUGGUAUUUGAUUCCUUAGUGCCCUUGAUGAAGAAUCCUACAGAGUUUCCAGAGAUUCGCAGCAUGGCAUUUCUUGUGUUGACAACAUGGGAACCAAGUUUGUCCUGGUGGGAGGAAGUGGCAUUCUCCACAUGGAAAGAAAAAUCUCCUCAGGUGCUUUCUGUAAUCUCUAGUACGCUCACCACCUUAAGUGAAGGGAAUGACUCCCGGCAAAAAUUAUAUACUUAUCAAGUGUCAUGUACUCAAGUAUGACAAAACUUUAUCACGUCGUUGACUCUCUUCUCACAUCUGAAGAAUCAGACUCCACUAGCCUUGGAAGGAGAGUCAUCUGGAAUAGAAGGCCGAAAGAAGGCACAGACCUCUUGCUACCGGACUUUGGCCUUCACCUUCUGUUAAAGUGGAGUUGUGACUUAGAGAAUCCAAGUGACUUUACCAACGUUAUUGAGAAACUGCUUCUCUCGCAGCUGGUAUACCAGAACUUUGAGUAUAUGCUGCUAGUGGAUCUGGAGAACUCUCGUAUGAAGAUAGUUACUUUCACAUUCAGCUUUGACAAAAAAGAAAGACAGGAGGAAUUUCCUGAGCAAGAGACUGAUUAUGAUGGCCAAUUUACGCAAGAUCUAAGCGACCUCGAUCUAUUUUCUCAAGAACCUCAAAGCCCGUCCCAGACUUCUGGAUUUGACGGUUUCGAAGUUCCCAAUGAGGUCAUUUUUGAUCGGCAGCAGCAGCAUACUUCGAGUUUGGACAAUUUUGGGAGAAUGCAAGAAAUGAUAAUGCCUAGUGGUACGUUGUACACAGCAAUCAUGACUGUGGAGCCAGACAACUCUACUCAAAAAUAUGAUGUUGCUGUAACUUUAGCUUCUAUCGAUGGAAAUGUUAAUGAGAAGGGUUCUACGAAGGUACAUGUUGUCUUCAUGAAAAGUCCAGCGCUGGGUUUUUUCGGCGAUACUCACAUGACUUGUCUUGACAUAAAAAUGGAAACUCCAUUUGUAUUACCAUUGCUGCCCAAAGAACUUCUAUCGGAGACGGAUCUCGCAACCAACUUUCUCAUGAACUUGUACUCUGGUGGUCACUGUGAAGGACCGCCUGGAAUGAAGAUGCAGGGUAUGUUCGGAGUAAGUCCUGCAGCUGUACAAAAUAUCCUGUCAGCGGAGGAUACUUGUGUUGGAGACUUAGGGAAGAGGCGGCCAAUCUACGACCUAAUUAUUGGUGCUGUAACGUGGACACAGGAUUUCAGGCAUUUGUAUAGAGCUGUCGAAGAUCUCACCUUAAAUCAGCUACAGUCUCUUUCAACUGCUAAUGUGAAAAUAGAAGGUGACCGACCAGACAACGAGCUUAUCAUCCGGGGUGUUUUGAAUGAGGAAGAAUGGAAUGUUACAGUAACCCGGCCUGAAUUGACAUCAAUAUUCCUCGUGCCUGACAUGCUCUUUUUAUCACCCUAUGAUACUUUUGUUUCUUUUGAAAAAGUCUGCCAUAUAACAAGUGAUUCGGUGCAGACUUAUGAUGGGCUUACGUAUGCAUUCCAAGGACCAUCUUGCUGGGUAACAGCCACAAUAUUCUCUGAUUCAAAAACGCCGUUGCUAAUGCAAGAGGUUUACAAUGAUCUUCAAAUGGCUGUCCAGGUUCGCUUCACCGACCAAUGGGAAGUGCGCCUAACUGCACCUUCAUACGCAGUGGUUAUCGAUAUGACACGGUCAGAUAUCUUCGUAAAUGAUGAACCCUUGAUUGGUCAAAAUGAAAAAUUCAUCGUGCAUCGUUUGCAGAAUAGAAUGAUGAUUAAGAUCGGAAUGGUCUUAAUUCGUGUGGGAGACACAGUCGAUGUGAUGGUAUCUGACGUUUAUUAUGGAGCAGUGAAGGGAAUCUGUGGAAACUACGAUGGAGAACCAAUUAAUGAUAUGAUGGGUCCCACAGGAUGCCUCUAUGGAUCCUGCUUUACACACCCUUGCCUGGAGUACCAGUGCUCGUACAGAUUGCAGAAGGUUUACCCUUCGUAACGAGAAGAAAGUUCUGUCGGGAUACCGUGAGGAAUGUGACAGAGGCGUUUUCCAGCCUACGGGUCUUUCUCAGGAUAACGGUAGGCAUAAAGUCAACAUGAUUACCGAACCAAA